AUGCCAAUCAUGUACCGGGCCUCAGAGACGGUCUUGCACAUCCAACGGGGCUAUCCCGUCGAUAUCUGGAGCGUAGAAUUUGCAGUAUAUCUCUUUGCAGGAAAGACGUUGUUCAGCGCCCGCAAAGUAGAUGGCAGUUCCUCGGACGGAGCUCACUUCGCUAAGCUCAUCGCGGUACUGGGUCCACCGCCUCUAGAGCUCCUCAACCAGCAUCGCAACCGAGCGCUCGAGUACUGGGAUGCGCAAGGUUCAAAUUGGAGAAACUUAGUGCCUAUACCGAGAGGGAAACCCCUUGAAGCAGUGGGCAGCAAACUUGAGAACAAUCUCAAGUUCUUGCAAUUCAUUCGAAGGGCCCUGACAUGGGACCCGGACACUCGGCCUACGGCAGAGCAACUUCUGCAAGACCCAUGGUUGACGGACUGA